UCCGGGGUGAUGGGACAGUAACGUUGCUUGUUUAGCUGCUGGAGAACUGCAGUUUGAAUCUUUGAACUCUCACGUUGUGCGUAUGACUCAUUAUUCAGAGGAUUGUUAUGGUUAUUGUGGCUUUCGUUGUGGACCAUCUUGUUUACAUUUCUGUGACUUUGGCAAACUCUCAGGAAUGGCUGUUUUGCAGUAGAUUAUGCAAAUUGUCAACUCUUCAUGGACAGUGUGUGUUUCUAGCUUUGACAAUUUGGACCUCUGCCUUUUUUAAAAAAAAAAAAAAAAAAAAUGAUGUCAUUGUAGCUCAUGGGGCCUUUCUUGGAAAUGGAGUUAAAAUGGUGUUCAUGACAUCAGGUUUCUGAACUCUUCAACUGAAUCCAUCCUUAUUUUACACAUAAUUUAAAUGGCAUUAAGCGUCUGAUGCUUAUUGUAUGACAGUCGAUGAAAUAAUUCGGCCCCUGUUUGAAAGUUUCUCUUCAGCCACUCUCCUCGUUGUGCCUCUGGGACUCUUGCCCUCACUGGCCCCGCCUCCCCUAGCCUCACUAAACCCUCUGAUUGGUCCGCGCUUCCCCUCUACAUCCCCCCUGGGGCCUCCCCCUUUCUUUCUCCGUCCACCCAGUGGCUCCCUGUCGGUCUGUUUGGAUUAUUGUAGCAGCUCAGGCCUCUCACAUGCGCUGCCCUCACUGCCCACUGCACACACUACUACAGUUCAUCAGAGAUGGGAAGGCGGAGCUGACGGAGAGAGCGGCGUUUGUUUUCACCCCAGAGAAGAGAGGAGGAGAGGGGAGCAGCCAUGGAGCUGAGGGUGCUGGGUAAGAGGAAGAGGGACUCCUAUGUCAGAGUUUUAGGAUGGCCACUGAAGGAUCCACUAUUCCCAACCCUGUGGUCCGCCAGAUUGACAAGCAGUUCUUGAUCUGCAGCAUAUGUCUGGACCGCUACGAAAACCCCAAAGUACUGCCCUGCCUGCACACCUUCUGUGAGAGGUGCCUGCAGAAUUACAUCCCGGCUCACAGCCUCACACUGUCGUGCCCCGUGUGCCGCCAGACCUCGAUCCUGCCGGAGAAAGGUGUGGCGGCAUUGCAGAAUAACUUCUUCAUCACCAACCUGAUGGACGUGCUGCAGCGGGCGCCGGACAGCUGCAGCCAGGAGGCCGCCGCCCUCAACAACAUCACCACUGUGGCUACAGGCCAACCGCUCUCCUGCCCCAACCAUGGAGGCAACGUCAUGGAAUUUUACUGUCCGCCCUGCGAGACGGCCAUGUGUCAGGAGUGUACGAGUGGCGAACACGGAGAACACCCCACUGUUCCCCUCAAGGACGUCGUGGAACAGCACAAGGCCUCGUUACAGGACCAGCUCGACGCCGUCAAGAAGAGGUUGCCAGAGAUCGACUCGUCCCUGCAGACGCUGUCAGAGAUCCUGCAGCAGCUGACCAAUCAAAAGAGCUCCAUCGAGGCCGGCAUCCACACCACCUUCGACGAGUUGCAGAAGACCCUGAACGUCCGCAAGAGCGUUUUACUGAUGGAGCUGGAGGUCAACUACGGCCUCAAGCAGAAGGUGCUCCAAGCCCAGCUGGAUACUCUGCUCCAGGGCCAGGAGGGCAUCAACAGCAGCUGUGACUUCACACAGCAGGCCCUGAGCCACGGCUCCGAGGCCGAGGUGCUGCUGGUGAAGAAGCAGAUGAGCGAGCGUCUCGUGGAGCUGGCCAGCCAGGAGCUUCCUCUGCAGCCGGAGGAGAACGACCAGCUGGACUUCAUCGUGGAGACGGAGGGACUGAAGAAGUCCGUCCACAACCUGGGCACCAUCCUGACGACCAACGCGGUGGCCUCCGAGACCGUGGCGACGGGCGAAGGGUUGCGACGCUGCGUCGUGGCCGUCCCCACCUCCAUCACCAUCACCACCAAGGACAAAGACGGAGAGCUGUGUAAGAUGGGCAACGCGGUCAUCACCGCGGAGAUGUCCUCGCCGGACGGGAGCAGAGGCGGAGGGGACAUACUGGACAACAAGAACGGCACUUACGAGUACCUGUUCGCGGCUCCCGAAGAGGGGACUUUUAAUCUGUCGCUGCGUUUGUACGACCAACACAUCAAAGGAAGCCCCUUUAAGAUAAAGGCCACCAAAUCCAUCGAUCUGUCGCUGACUUCCAAAGGCGUCAAGAAGAGGCUGAAGUCUCCGGGCAGUGCACACGUCAAGCAGAAGGCCAUCAAGAGGCCGGCCAGCAUGUACAGCACAGGGAGGAGGAAAGAGAACCCCAUCGAGGACGACCUCAUCUUCAGGAUCGGCACAAAAGGAAGAAACAAAGGGGAGUUCACUAACCUGCAGGGAGUGGCUGCCUCUUCUCUGGGGAAGGUGCUGAUAGCAGACAGCAACAACCAGUGUGUGCAGAUUUUCUCCAAUGACGGCCACUUCAAAAGCCGAUUCGGCGUGCGCGGCAGGACUCCGGGUCAACUGCAGCGGCCGACCGGAGUGGCCCUCCACCCGAACGGUGACAUCAUCAUCGCGGACUACGACAACAAAUGGGUCAGCAUCUUUUCCAGUGAAGGCAAGUUCAAGAACAAGAUCGGCUCGGGGAAGCUGAUGGGCCCUAAAGGCGUGUCGGUGGACAGGAACGGCCACGUCAUCGUGGUGGACAACAAGGCCUGCUGCGUCUUCCUCUUCCAGCUCAACGGCAAGCUGGUCACCAAGUUCGGUAACCGAGGCAACGGCGACAGGCAGUUUGCAGGGCCCCACUUUGCUGCCGUCAACAACAACAAUGAAAUAAUUGUGACAGAUUUCCACAACCACUCGGUCAAGGUGUUCAACACAGAAGGUGAAUUCUUGCUGAAGUUUGGUUCGAACGGCGAGGGCAACGGCCAGUUCAACGCCCCCACGGGCGUGGCAGUGGAUGUCAAUGGAAACAUCAUCGUAGCGGACUGGGGCAACAGCCGGAUACAGGUGUUCGAUGGCAGCGGCUCCUUCCUGUCCUACAUCAACACAUCCGCAGACCCGCUGUACGGCCCGCAGGGUCUGGCUCUCACCUCUGACGGACAUGUCGUGGUCGCAGAUUCUGGCAACCACUGCUUCAAAGUCUACCGCUACCUGCAGUAGCCCUUUUCCCUCUCGACGCACACACACACACACACACACACACACACACACACACACAUACACACACACACAGUACAGUGUAUAGACGCACACACGCAUUAUGAGUACGGAGCGACCGGCAGAUUUGCACUCACCCACUCACACGUUCGCCCCUUGAAUCACAUAACAGAGAAGUCAUUUUAGUUUGAAUGAAGUGAGACGAUGUGUCAUGUUCACAGGUGGCUGCAGCUGAUUGGCUUUUCGUCCUUCACAUGUUCACAUUCCAUCUUAAUUACACUGAUUUAUAAAAAAAACAAAAAGCUUUAGUAUUGUACAUGUGUUAGAGCUUUUUAUUUGCUGUGAUGUGGCAGGAAAACUGGAACAAAAUUAAGCUAUUGCACAAAAAAAUACUGAUUUGACACUGUUAAGUGAGAUGGAAAUUAAAGUAAAGACGUAUCGAAGUCUCCUGAAAACUAACUGGGAAUUCUAGUUCCGGUGACUGCAGCUUCCUGUUUAAUGCUCUUAUGCGUCCUCACAUUUUGCCUGUUCACUGUAUAAGAAAAAUAUUCCACCCACUGUAGGUAGCAUGGUAUUUUAGAGCAUGAUUAGGCGUCCCCGUGCAUGUUGUUUUUACUAAUAAACACCAGAAAAGCUGCUGUGCACAAUUAUAUGAAUAUGUUUUAAGCUGACAAAAAUCACUCAAAGAAACGUUGAAUGGAAGAACUGUUUCGAUUGCAAUACAUCUAUCUACUAUGUGAAAAGCACUGGUCGAUGUAAUUCGGAAAUAUUUUUAAUUAAUAAAUGUGGUAAGCUGAUAACUUCUGCUCAAUUAUUUUUUUUUUAUAAAACCACCCGGUGCGUUUGUAUGUGCAAGACCAGUGUGAUUGUGUUGUGAUCAAUUAAGGUAUCAAGCAAAAGCCUCUUGAUAUGUUGACUUAAAAAAAUCUGGAGUGACAGAUUUUAACCGCAGAAAUGCUGAAAAUAUAGUCAGUACAUCCGUGAAAUGCUUUGUUCAUCAUGCUGCAAUGCAGCUUUACUCCAUUAUCAGACGUGUGAUCACCUUCACCCCUUUCCAUGAGCUCUUAUGUCUUUACGAAAAACUAAUCUGUAGAACUAACACGUUGUAUUUCGAUAAUAAACACACACAAAAAGGGGCUGUCAUAAAAAAAAUGCAAUAUGUAGUUCAACAGUUGAGGUGUGUUGUAAAAGAUGCACUUUGCUUUUGUUAGAAAGCCUCCGUCAAAUUGAAUUCAUCCUCACGCACACAGUUUCCAGUACUAAAUUUGUUCAUUCAUUUUCUACAAAAUCCUGUUAAAUCCUUUUUGUUUUCCAUUGUCUUGUUUAUAUUUGUAAUGCCAAAUGUAAUUAAAGUGUCCACAGGAAAUAC